AUAAUCUUGGUAAAUUUAUUUUCCACCCCAAUCAACAUGCAAAGAUUCAUUACUUAUAUUUUGAUUCUUUGUUUUAUUUCACCUUGUCUAAGUACACUAUCAAAUGUUGGAACCACAAAUGAUAUUUAUAAUGUGAUGGAGUAUGGUGCAGUUGGUGAUGGAAAAACUGAUGAUACACAAGCAUUUGCAAGUGCAUGGAGUAAAGCGUGUAAUGGAGGAGGGAUGUCAACAUUAGUUAUACCAUCAGGAAAGUCAUUUUUGGUGACAACAGUAGACUUUAAUGGUCCUUGCAAUGCCAAAAUUCUCAUUCAGUUUGAAGGACAAAUAGUUGCACCUCCUAAAGAUGGGUGGAAAGGUGGGGAGCAUUUCAUUACCAUUGAACGUGUAAAUGGACUUACAAUUGAUGGUAAUGAUCAAGGAGGAAUCGAUGGAGAUGGAUCUACUUGGUGGGAUUGUAUAAGUUGCAAUCGACCUGGGUUAUUGGCUUUUCAUGCAUGCAAUGAUCUCAGUGUUAAUAAACUGAAAAUCAGUAAUAGUCCAAAAGCUCAUGUAUCUGUUAAUGAAUGCAAUCAUGCAACAUUCUCUGGUAUAUCCAUUGAUUCACCUGCUACGAGUCCCAACACAGAUGGAUUUGAUAUUUCUUUAUCCACUUAUGUCUUGAUACAAGAUUCCAACAUAAAAGCUGGUGAUGAUUGUAUUGCCAUAAAUGGUGGCUCAUCUUUUAUCAAUGCUACUGGAGUUUAUUGUGGACCGGGACAUGGGAUAAGUGUUGGUAGCCUUGGAAAAAAGAGACCUAAUGAUCAAGUUUCAAAUGUUUAUGUACGAAACUGCACUUUCACGGAAACUCAAAAUGGAGCAAGAAUCAAGACAGUUCCGGGUGGAACAGGCUAUGCGAAAAAUAUUACAUAUGAGCAAAUCAUCCUUCAAAAUGUUAGGAACCCAAUAUAUAUAGAUCAAGGAUACAAUGCUCGUCUCGACGAUGAGACAUCGAUACCCGUGAGUUCUGUGACAUAUCGAGGAUUUACCGGAACUUCUAGUUGUGUGUUCGCUAUUAAUUUAAAUUGCAGUUCAUCUGGAUGUUAUGACAUUUUAUUGGAUCAAAACAAUAUUGUAUCACCUGGGAAGACGGCUUCUGCAUUUUGUAGAAAUGCUCAUGGAACUGCUACAAAUACUGUUCCAAAUGUUGGUUGUCUUUCUCAAUAAUGUGUUAUUGGUCUUCAUAUGUGGAUGAAUAAUGAGUCUAUUAGUUGCUAGACCUGCAAUUUUGUAGUUGAUGUAGCUAUAUUAUGCAAUAGCUUAUACAAAGUAUAAUUUAGCUUCAUCA